AGUUCAUGUUUUAGUAAUUGCGCGUUUGCACUUCUCAUGUACUUGUCUAAAUUAUCAUCCUCGUCCUUGAGAUGGGCGUUUUAAAAUCGAAGUAUCGCGUGUAGAACACAGCUUCACCUGUCUUCGUUGUUCCCCCUUCGACGGGUGAAUGUAGGGGAGGUGAUGGUCCGAGCUGCGCCGCCACCACCACCACCACCACCACUUUUUUUUUUUUCUUUUUUUUUCAUAUCUUUCUUUCACUAUUGCAACUCUAACUCUUCCCUCUUUCCUUCAUAGAAGUCUUUGUCAUCUCGUCUCGCAACAUUUGCUUCCUUCGCUCGCCCAUGUUGUGAUCUUCCUUGUUUACCUUUAUGGUUGUUGCUGCUGCUGCUGCCAUUUCGCUCCUCACCACCACCAACCUUGGCUCCAUGACCUUGCCCGCCGCCGCUGCUCACUUCCCACUUCCCUCCACUCAGUGUGGCGGUGUGCUCCGCGACCCGGUGACACCACUGAUGAGGAGAAAGGGAAUGCUGUGCUGGUGGGGAAAAUUGAACUGUCGAUUGUCCCUAGGAAGGUACAGCAUGGUGUGUCAUGGACGGCGGGUCGUGGCAUGCCAGAAUGGGCAAGCCUGACACUGGGCCUCGAAACCCGCGGCGGGAAACGAUGAUUGGUGGUGUGCUGGUGAUGGUAGUUGCCAGGAUGGUGUCCGGCCAAUACCAGUGUCACUCAAGGAAGACAACAAAACUGAAGUACAGAUGCGAAGCCGAUAUCGAACCGGAUGUGGUAGACUUGAGGAUGAACUUGCGUGACCGAGCAAGCCGUAGUCAGAGAAGAAGCCCUGUUAGCAGCAAUAGCAGCAACAGUGGUGGUGGUGGGGGUGGUGGCAGCAGCAGUGGCAGUGGAGGAGGAGGUAGCAGCCACUUCCGAACUCACCACUGUCGCUCGCCCUUUUCACUUGCCUCCUCAUGUUCUGUUACCUCCACUGGUGGUCUGAAGUCACCAGUGAAGGCCUCAAGAGGUCAAAGGCAAAGUAAAAGAUCUAACAGUGCCUUUGAGGAACAGAAUGAGAAUCUGUUGUUGUCACCAGCACAGUACAACAGUGUGGUGAAUGCCUCUCUCUCUCAUUGCCACACAUCAUAUCUUCGUGCAUCUCGAUAUGCUAACAAGUUCUCCAACUGCAAGUCCAGCCAUCAAGCUCCAGUAAUAGAUUCUGAUAACAAUAUCAUUGGGUCUAAAUUGCUCAAGCCACGUCCCUUGAGAAUCAGCAGACGCCAGAACCAGCCUCCACCAAAUUACAAGUGUCAUCCACCUCGAAAGCCACACAGCAAACGCCACCAUAUUGCUAAUGGAAGUCAGGCAUCAAAGCAGGUUCUGAAAGAAGUUCACGAAAUGAAGACGGCAGCCAUGGACACCUCUCUCUUCUCUCCUGUGUAUGCAGUUGACUCCACUCCUUCACCACUUCCUUCACCUCUCACAAGCUCGUCUAUGGGACGGACCUUCUCAAGGGAGAAUAUUGAUGAUCACUGCUUGGAGAAGGAAUCGGAGGAAUUAGAUGUUGAAGACUAUGAAGAUGACCAGGAAAGCUGUAUCCAAGGGAGACUGCAUCCAGAUGGCAGUUCAGGCAGUCCAGGCCUUACUCAGCUUUCUACUCGCAUUCAGCUUGACAUUCCAAGUAUCCUUGACUCGCCAGCAUCAGAUUCAUCACAAGGGUUAGAACCUGAGGAAGCAAUGAUGAUCGCUCAGGUAUCUCACUGCACUGUCCAAGAAAAUAAAGAAAACUAUGAGGCUGGUGGAGGUUAUGAGAGUUCAUGUGAUGAGGGUUAUGAGGAAUGGGAGGCCUUUGAUCCCUACUUCUUUAUUAAACACCUGCCACCACUCACACCAGAGAUGAGGGCAAGAAACCCUGCUCUACCUCUCAAGACUCGCAGCUCUCCAGAAUUCACUCUGGUUUUAGACUUGGAUGAAACUCUUGUCCACUGCAGUCUACAGGAGUUGGAGGAUGCCACCUUGAGCUUCCCAGUGGUGUUUCAGGAUGUUAACUACCAAGUAUUUGUCCGCACUCGCCCAUUCUUCAAGGAAUUCUUGGAACAUGUAUCCAACCUAUAUGAGGUCAUUCUCUUCACAGCUAGCAAGAAAGUCUAUGCUGACAAACUAAUGAAUCUACUUGAUCCUCAGCGGAAAUGGAUUAAGUACAGAUUGUUUCGUGAACACUGUGUAUGUGUGCAGGGCAACUAUGUGAAGGAUCUGACUAUACUAGGGAGAGAUCUUUCCAAGACAAUUAUUGUAGACAACUCUCCUCAAGCAUUUGGUUAUCAGAUAAACAAUGGAAUACCUAUUGAGAGCUGGUUUGUUGACAAAGAGGACAGGGAGCUAGAGAAGCUUUUGCCUUUCCUUGAAUCACUUGUUGACAAGGAUGAUGUACGACCAUUCAUUCGGGAAAAGUACAAAUUGGAAACUUACUUGCCCCCAGACUAAAAUCUGGUCAUGGUGUGACGUUAUGACCUGCAGUGGUUUUGGUACAAGUGCUAUUUCAACUUAACUAAGACAUAUUUCAGUGUAUCAUAUUUGUGUUCAGCUCAAGUGGUCAGUAAGAAAUGGUGCCUGAAAUCUAAAUAUCAUUAACUCAACAUUGCUGCUUCUAUUUCUUUGUUUUUAUUUGAUGAAUGGAAAUUUGUGCACUUGUUUACCAGUUGUGAAAAAACUGCAGUGAUAUUGUCAUAGAGAAAAUAUAUUUUCCCUUAUACCUUACCUUCCAUUGAAAAUGACUCGUGUACUUUUUUUAACAUGUCAGUUCAAGGUGCAGUAAUUAUAUAUCAACAUUCAGGUGAAAAGUGAAAACAUUGAUUUUACUCAGUUGUGAAUGGAAAUGGAGAAACUGCAGGAGUGAAUUUUACACAGGACUCAAAGAUAUGAUAUAUGGUUUUAUUUUAUAUUAAAAUUGUAUGUACCUUGGUAUCAUAUAUAUAUAUAUAUAUAUAUAUAUAUAUAUAUAUAUAUAUAUAUAUAUAUAUAUAUAUAUAUAUAUAUAUAUAAAAGAAUUUGGAGGGCUAGUGUCUGACACACACACACACACACACACACACACACACACACACACACACACACACACACACACACACACACACACACACACACACACACACACACACACACACACACACACACACACACACACACACAGAAUGUGCAGGCACGUAAUAUCUAGUGUGUUCAGGAACUUUUCUAAUAAACCUUUGGUACAUAAUAAACACAUCAAUAGAAUAUAAAUGAUUCAAUAAUCAUUGGCUUGAAACAAUAAUUCUGAGUCUGUACAAAUAUUAAUUAAAUUUACAAAAGACCUUGGUAGUUUCAAAAGGCAUUAAAUGCAUAUUAUUACUAUACAUACACUAUCAGUGAUUCACUAUUAGUGGUGCCUAUGUAUGGUUGGUUAUACAAAAUGUUGUCACAGUAGUAAGGUUUAAUGCAGUUAUGAUCCCAGGCAACUGUAUGCUGUAAAUGCUGCAGAGGCAUUCACAGGUGAUUGUAGUCAUGUGUAAGCAUGUGUGUAAUCUUGAGACUAUUUUAUUUUGAUAUAAAGCAUUGUAAAACAUGUUAUAAUUUAAGUAUAGCCAUACAAAAUGAUUAUAGAAAUGUGAUUAUGAAUGUCUUACUGAAGCUUAACCAAGUGCCCUGAGAAGAGAUGCCAAACAGAUACUUCAUAUAUAUGCCUUUUUUUUUUUUUUUUUUUUUAAGUUAAUAGAUGAAUAAUAUAGCAGAUAUAUCAUAAGAAUAUCAUAACAGUAAAAAAUAUAGUUGUAUCAUAUUUUGCCUCAAUAGUUGAUCAUUGCACUUGAUGGACUUAAGAGCAUCAAGCAAACAUGUUUUUCUUAUAAACAAAAGGGUCUUGGGUUUUAAAAUUUAUUUCUAUUCAAUGACCUUACUUUGGACUUUUCCAAUGAAUCACUGCAUAUUUGUUGAUAUUUAAUAGUGCCGAGAACAAGUUAUUUUUGUUCUUGAAUAAAAGUGGACAGAAGGAUUAAUUCCAUUUUAGAAAGUUUUGACAGAGCCUAGGGAAUACUCAAAUAUCUUUUUGAAAGUGUUAUCAACUUUCACAAAUAAGAACUCGCCUAAAAAUGAUCUGUAAUGGCAAUCACAGAAACCAUCUUGUUCCAGAGUCAUUGUAAAGGAGUUGCCAUAAUGUAGGAUUCUGAGCAAACCUCACUAGACAGUGUGACAGCAUUUCAUAUAGCCAUCUGUAUUUAUCAACAAUCACUGUAUAUACAUCUAUGGUGUAGAUUACUGUGACAAUGUUUGACAGUUUCAUACCAUACAGUAAACUUGCAGUUAACUUGUUUGGGCCACACUCUAUCACCAUCAAGAUAGUAUUGAAUGCAACUGUUGUUUGAUAGAUAUCUCAAAUUCUUUUGUUUCCUUUCUUCAUUCAAAAGUUACUACUCACUUUUAGAGAUUUUGAUGAGACUUUUGCUCUUGCCUUAGACACAUCAAAAGCUUUUGAUAGAGUCUGACACAGAGCUUUGAUUUCCAAACUACCCUCCUAAGAUUUCUAUCCCUCUCUCUGACUUCAUCUCAAGUUUCCUUUUUUGACUGUUCUAUUUCUACUGUAGUAGACGGUCACUAUUCUAAAUCUAUUAACAGUGGAGUUCCUCAGGGUUCUGUCCUGUAACCCACACUCUUCCUUUUAUUUAUCAAUGAUCUAAACCAAACUUCUUGUCCUACACACUCCUACAGUGAUGAUAUCACCCUGCACUUUUUUUUUUUUUUUUUUUUUAGAAUGCCCAACCCUUCAGGAAGUAAACAGUUCAUGCAGGGAAACCAUAGAACGCUUGACUUCUGAUCUCUCAAAAAUUUCUGAUUGGGGCAGGACAAACUUAGUAUUGUUCAAUGCCUCAAAAAACUCAAUUCCUCCAUCUAUCAACUCGGCACAACCUUCCAGACAACUAUCCUGUCUUCUUCAUUGACACUCAACUGUCUCCUUCUACACUGAACAUCCUGAUCAGUGUGUCCUUUACUUUCGAUCUAAA